UGGUUAUAUAUAUUUAAUGGACUGUUCUGUUAAUUUUUAAGAGUAUUGUUAUCAUUCCGCCAUCACUAUGUUUAUUUAUCUCAGCAAGAAGAUUGCUAUUCCCAACAAUAUCAAUCUGAAAUGCGUUUCCUGGAACAAAGACCAAGGUUUCAUUGCAUGUGGAGGCGAUGAUGGUCUUCUGACAGUGCUCAAGCUUGAAACUCAGACAGAUGAUGUGAGACUUAGAGGUCUUGCUGCACCCAGCAGCUUGUCCAUGAACCAAACUUUAGACGGACACAGUGGUUCAGUGCAGGUAGUGACAUGGAACGAACAGUAUGAGAAGCUGACAACCAGUGACCAGAAUGGGCUCAUCAUUGUUUGGAUGCUCUACAAAGGUGCAUGGUGCGAGGAGAUGAUCAACAACAGGAACAAGUCAGUGGUGAGAAGCAUGAGCUGGAAUGCUGAUGGUCAAAAGAUCUGCAUUGUGUAUGAAGACGGAGCAGUUAUUGUUGGAUCCGUUGAUGGAAACCGGAUUUGGGGAAAGGAGCUGAAGGGAAGUCAGCUUUCUCAUGUUGCAUGGUCAUCAGACAGCAGAAUCCUCCUUUUUGGCAUGACCAACGGAGAAGUACACAUCUACGACAAUCAAGGAAACUUUAUAAAGAAAAUGACUAUCAGCUGUCUCACCAGUGCAAGUGGACCUAUCAGUAUAUCUGGUAUCCACUGGUAUGCAGGAGCUGGAGGUUAUGUUGAACCAGACUGUCCAUGUCUUGCUAUCUGUUUUGACAAUGGAAGAUGUCAAAUAAUGUGCUAUGAGAACGAUGAGAACCCAGUGUGCAUUGAUACUUUGAUGAAUGUGGUCAGUAUCCAGUGGAACCACUGUGGCAGUGUGCUAGCAGUGGCUGGUUCCCUCAGAGUCUCUAAUAUGGAGAAAGAAGUCAAUGUUGUGCAAUUUUACACGCCAUUCGGAAAGCAUCUAAGAACUCUCAAAGUUCCUGGGAAACAGAUGUCAGGGAUUGCCUGGGAGGGAGGAGGCCUUCGAAUCAGCCUGGCUGUGGACUCCUAUAUCUACUUUGCCAAUAUAAGACCAGAUUAUAAGUGGGGCUACUGUUGCAGCACUGUGGUGUAUGCGUACACAAAGCCAGAGCGCCAGGAGUACUGCGUAGUAUUCUGGAAUACCAAAAAUAAUGAGAAGUUUGUCAAAUAUGUCAAGAGCUUGAUGUCUAUCACUACUUCUGGAGACUUCUGCAUCCUGGCUAGCAAAGCCGACGAAACCCAGCCUCAGUAUGUCCUGAUUUUGUGCAACUCCAUUGGAACUCCUCUGGACUCAAAAUACAUUGACAUUGAUCCACUCUUUGUUACCAUGACAAAGACUCACGUCAUUGCUGCAUCCAAAGAUGUUUUUUACAUGUGGCAGUACAGAGUGGCAAAGAAACUGACAGCACUGGAGAUCAACCAAGUCACCAAAACAAAGAAAGCGUGGCGAGAGAGGUUUUAUCACAUCGACAGCAAUCCUUCUGGGACCAACGACAAUGGGACAGAUUUCUCCAAAGCCUUCACAGGAACUCGAGAUCCUAUCUGUGGUAUUACAGCAACAGAUAAAACCCUCAUAGUGGCUCGUGAGUCUGGCACCAUUCACAAAUACAGCCUUCCAAAUGCUGCCCUGGUCCAGAAAUACUCUUUAAACAACCGAGCCUACUAUCUGUCCAUGAACUGCAACUCCAGUCGUCUGGCCAUUAUUGACAUUGCGGGCGUGCUGACUUUGCUGGACCUGGAAGUUCGUUCCGCUGCAGGUGACAGGACAGGAAACCCGACAGGUGUAGGAGAUCCAUCCAGGUUUGAGCGCAAAGAUGUUUGGGACAUGAAGUGGGCAAAUGACAAUCCUGAUUUGUUUGCCAUGAUGGAGAAAACCAGAAUGUACAUUUUUAGGGACCUUGACCCCGAGGAACCUAUUCAAACUUCUGGAUACAUCUGCAACUUUGAGGACCUGGAAAUCAAAUCUGUUUUGCUUGAUGAAAUCAUGAAGGAUCCAGAGCGACCAAACAAAGACAACCUCAUCAACUUUGAAAUCCGCUCCCUGAGAGACAGUCGUGCUUUGAUUGAAAAAGUUGGCAUUGAAGAUGCUUCACAAUUUAUUGAAGAUAAUCCCCAUCCAAGACUCUGGCGUCUGCUGGCUGAGGCCGCCCUCCAGAAACUGGAUCUGAAGACAGCUGAGGAGGCCUUUGUCCACUGCAAAGACUACCCAGGCAUUUUGUUUGUCAAACGCCUGGGCAACCUUCAGAGCGAGCCCAUGAAACAAGCCGAAGUGGCUGCUUACUUUGGCAGUUUUGAGAAAGCUGAAAGCAUGUACUCGGCUAUGGAUCGCAGGGACCUCGUCAUCAACCUCAAGAUCAAGCUGGGAGACUGGUUCAAGGUGGCCAAUCUACUCACAAAUGGUUCUGGAGCCUGCGAUGAUGCUCUGCUCCAACAGGCUUACAAUGGAGCUGGAGACUACUAUGCAGAUAGACAGAAGUGGGUCGAUGCAUCACAUAAUUAUCUUAGGGGUCGUAAUGAGGAGAAGCUGGCAGAGUGCUACUACAUGUUGGAGGACUAUGAUGGGCUCGAAAAACUGACUGCAGAUCUGCCGGAGAAUCAUACACUUCUACAGAAAAUAGGACAGAUGUUUACUAAUGUGGGGAUGUGUGAACAGGCUGUGAACGCCUACCUGAAGUGCAGCCAGCCAAAAGCUGCUGUUGACACAUGUGUCCAUCUGAACCAGUGGAACAAAGCAGUGGAACUGGCGAGAACGCACAACAUGAAGGAAAUUAAAUCCCUUCUUUCCAAGUAUGCCUCAUAUCUUCUGGAGAACAAUAAAACUCUGGAGGCGGUAGAACUGUAUCGGAAAGCCCACCACUUCCUUGAUGCAGCUAAACUCAUGUUUAAGAUUGCAGAUGAGGAGGCGAAGAAAAGGAGCCGACCUCUGAGAGUGAAGAAGCUUUAUGUCCUGGCAGCGCAGCUCGUUGAAAACUACCACGAGCAGGUGAAGGCGUCCCAGCAGAGCAAAGUUAAUGGGCAGAAGUCAAAGGCAACAUUUGCGCUUGCUGGCCUUCUAGAAGAAGAUGCCACCUCUUCAGAUAAUCGCAUUAUUGACAACGCCUGGCGGGGAGCUGAAGCGUAUCACUUCUUCCUGCUUGCUCAAAGGCAGCUCUACGCAGGCCACUCGGAGUAUGCCAUGCGCACAGCCCUUUACCUGCGUGAAUAUGAAGACAUCAUCCCUGCAGUGGAGAUCUACUCUGUGCUUGCCCUCUGCUCUGCAAUGAGCCGGGCCUUCGGCACGUGCUCGAAGGCGUUCAUCAAGCUGGAAUCCCUGGAGAGUCUGAGCCCUGAGCAGCAGCAGCUCUACGAAGAUCUGGCUCUGGAGAUCUUCACCAAGUACCCGCCAAAGGACAGCCGCAUGAUCGAGGCGGAUAUCUCAUUUUACGGAUCGGAAGGAAAAGUGCCCACGUGCAUCGUGACAGGUCUGCCUAUCCAGGAGCACCAGUUCUGGAUGUGCAGUGUGUGUAAACGCUGCGCUCAUGAACAAAAGAUCAGUAACUUUAGCUACUGCCCGCUGUGCCACAGUCCUGCAGCGUAAUGUGCAAAGUUUC